CCGAUCUUGUUGAGGAACGAGUUUCUAAACAGACUUUCGAGCCUGACAGACAUGCUGAUGAAUUUGUGAAAGUGGCCGAUGAAUCUGUAUCAAAAGUCUUAGACUGGUUUAAAAGAAGUUCUGGUACUGAAGAUAGGAAAUCUGUAUCAGCCAGAUCACAAGGCAGAGAGCUUGAAGAAGUUGGCUCUGCAACUGGAGCAGCAGUACUUCCUACAGAAUACAGCAGAACUAGCAUGGAUGGAAAACCAGAAGUUAUAGAAGAAUUACCAUCUGGAAGGGAUAAACAACUGAAUGCUAUUUCACCCACAACAAUUUCAGAAGAUAAACAGAUAAUAAAAGAGAGGAGGAAACCUAAGCAGGGGAAAGACAGUGAGGAGCAAAAUGACAAAUCACUAACCGAGUCUGACUGUACAAGAAUCAAAGAUAAAGAAUCAGGUCAAGAAAUCAAGCAACAAAAUCAAAAAUCACGUGUCUUGGAGCAUCAUGAACACAAGCUACCAGCUCAGAAAUAUGAAUUGGAGAAGGCAAUAAGAGAAAAAAGAAGAAUAAGAGAGAUCAGAGCAUUUUGGGAAAGGGAUAAAACUAUCCCCAGUCACAAAGAGAAAGAAGUUGGUAUCAAUACUAAUGCAUCAGGUAGUGGUGCAUUGAAAGGUCUCAGAGAAAGUGACAAAAUAAAGCCAACUGCAGAACGCCUACCUUAUGGAUUGGAUGAUCAGAGCAAGAAUACAUUAAGAAGUGCUGAAAUGAGAUGUGCAAUUGUGGCUUCAAAAAAUGAACGUGAAAACUCUUUUGAGUUUGGACCAGCCUGUGAUGUUAGAAAAACAGAAAGAACGCUUCCAGCUGAUAGUGAAAUUCAUGAACCCACGAAAUUGGCAAAAGCUAGUAACAUAAAGCCUAGAGUCUCUGCCACUUCAACUUCCCCAGAAAUUAAAGAUAGGAAAGAAACAUUUAAAGGAAAAGUUGGUGCUUCUUCCCAACAGAAGCCCAACUUCCAGGUUUUUUCUUUAAAAGAAAAAAUGAAUGAGAAGUCCAAAAAUCAAAUUUCAAAUCCUUCACAGUUUCAGAGUUUGAGAAACUUCUGGGAUGCUGGAGUUAAAUUACAGAGUAGCAUUGACAGGGGAGAUGUUUCUUUGCCAAAUAAUACUGUUCGUAAUAAUACUUCAGUAACCCAUGAAAGAAAAUCAAAGGAAGAUAAGGGCAGAGAUAAUGUGAGCAACCAAGUGUUAAUCCAACAUCAAACACAAGCCUCUGAGAGAGAAAAACCAGAGAAAUUAGAUUCUGUGAUAUGUGAACUGCCUCUAGGAUCGCUUACCUUAAAAGGUUUGAAGGUAACACAUGCACAAAACACAGACUCUGUCCAGCCAGUCAAAAAACCAGUUAUCUCUCAACCCCAAGAACAGAUGGGUCUUCACAAGCAUGAAGUUAAAGAACCUAUAGAAAAGAGUAUUGUUUCAACAAAAGAACAUCCUCCCAGAGGAUCUCAGAAGAUGCAGGCUGGUUUGCAGAACCUGCUCAGAGAAACCUCUGUAUGUCAGCCUCCUGAAUUAAGGGUAGGGAUGAAAGCAUCUGAAACAAUGAAUAAUAUAUCACAAACUAAUUGUACUGGAGAAUCAAUGAGCCAACAAGAUAUCAGUCAGUCUGAAGAGGUCAAUGAGACCGCAGAGAGGUCUGUUGCCCCACCCAAGGUCAGUGGUUUGAGUUCACCUUUAGAGAAACUGAUGAAGAGGCCUCUGAAACACCAUCUCCUAAACCAAGGCGUGUGGACAGGACAUUGCAGAGGACUGCUGAGAUGCAAGCUAAAAGCACAACCUAUCAGCAUGAUGGAGAAUCACAGCAGGAAAUCAGUGAGUCCAUAGAGAAGUCUGUAGCCCCAUCUAAAGUCAGUGGCUUGAGUUCAGCUUUAGAGAAACUGCAGAAGGAGGCCUCUGAAACACCACCUCCUAAACCAAAACGUGUGUACAGCGCAUUAAGUGGGACAGCUGAGAUGCAAGUUAAAAGCACUGCCUAUCAGCAUGAUGGAGAAUCACAGCAGGAAAUCAGUGAGUCCAUAGAGAAGUCUGUUGCCCCACCCAAAGUCAGUGGUUUGAGCUCAGCUUUAGAGAAGCUGCUGAAGAAGGCCUCUGAAACACCACCUCCUAAACCAAAACGUGUGUACAACACAGAACGAAGGACAGCUGAGAUGCAGGUUGAAAGAACUGCAUAUCUGCAUGAUGGAGAGUCACCACGAGAAGUCAGUGAGUUCAUAGAGAGAUCUGUUGCCCCAUCCAAGGUCAGUGGCUUGAGUUCAGCUUUAGAGAAAUUGCUAAAGGAGGCCUCUGAAACCCCACCACCUAAACCAAAAGAUGUGGACAACACAUUACAUGGGACUGCUGAGAUGCAAGUUAAAAACACCAACUAUCAGUGUGGUGGAGAUUCACUACAGGAAAUCAGUGAGUCCGUAGAAAAGUCUGUAGCCCCACCCAAGGUCAGUGGCUUGAGUUCAGCUUUAGAGAAGCUGCUGAAAGAGGCCUCUGAAACACCACCUCCUAAACCAAAACGUGUGGACAACACAUUACAUGGGACUGCUGAGAUGCAAGUUAAAAGCACAACCUAUCAGCAUGAUGGAGAGUCACUGCAGGAAAUCAAUGAGUACAUAGAGAAGUCUGUAGCCCCAUCCAAGGUCAGUGGCUUGAGUUCAGCUUUAGAAAAGCUGCUGAAAGAGGCCUCUGAAACACCACCUCCUAAACCAAAACGUGUGUACAACACAGAACGAAGGACUGCUGAGAUGCAAGUUAAAAACACGCACUAUCAUGCAUGAUGGAG